AUGUCCUCCUCGAUAGUCCAAUACGUAGUAGUCCGAGGUGACCUCCUCAAAGAACUAAAAUGGCCUGUUGGUGCAGUACUGGCUCAAGCCUGCCACGCAGUUACUGCUGUAACUCACUUGUUCUACGAAGACGAACAAACGAAACUCUAUUUACAGGACUUGGACAAUAUGCACAAAGUUGUCUUGGAGGCUCCCGACGAACAAAGCAUAGUAAAUUUAAGAAAUAAAUUGGAAGAGAAUAGUGUUAAACAUAAAAUGUGGAUCGAGCAACCUGAAAAUAUACCUACGUGUUUAGCUGUGAAACCUUAUCCUAAGGAAGAAGUACAGAAGUAUUUUAAAAAGUUUAAAUUAUUCAAAACAUAA